GGAAACCCUGCUCACUUAGAUAAAGUCAACCCCAUCUUUAUAAACGUACAAAACGGUAGCUAGCUUUGAGAGAUCCGCACACCAUUUUUUCCCCACCCCAGACAUUACAUUUAUUUUCAUUUACAUUCUACGAAAAUGUAUCGUCUGCUCAUCUUUGGACUGCUUGGUGCAGUGUGCGUUGCACAAACCAAUUUUACAUCUACAAAUGUUACGUCUUCUGCGAACGCCACAUCAAGCACAGACGUCGUGACAACAUUCACAGUCUCAACUUCAAACGCAACCCAAGAAAGCGAAACUUCAUCAUCCACUCCUCAAAUGACAACUGCAGACUCACCACAGACCACAGCUAAAGCGACAUCUGCAAAGAAAAUAACGACCACAGCCAAGUCGACAACUCUAAAGACAACGCAGCGCACAGCUGCACCUCAACAAAAAGAGAGUAAAUUAUUGUACAUAAUUCUCAUCGCCAUUAUUAUAAUUAUUGUUUCCAUCAUCAUCGCCGUGCUCUGCAUGUGGAUGAAGAUACGUAAGAAGCAGAGUUUCACAGUGCAGAUUGUUAAUGGUCAGGAUUCUCAAGAACUGGUGCCACUGGAUUUAGCAGCCACCGCAUCCGCUGCCAAACACCCCAAAGAGGACGGAGAGCCCGAGUCUGACAAAGAAGACUCAAACGAUUCUGACGACAAGGCAGCUAACGCCACGAACCCAGACGAGGUGUCGGCCAAAGCUGCAGAGAAGACUGAGAAGACCCCAAGCACGGAGGAGGACGCAGGGAGCAAGCCGCUGGCCGAGAGCGCCGGCGACGACGCGGAGCACAAGGCAGUGGAGAAGUCCAACAGCACGGACCCGCCACCAGACUCCAGGUCCUCGGACUCUUCCCUCUCCCUGCUCUCGCCCGAGGAGAUCAAGUCCAUCGGCGACUCGCUGAGCGUGGAGCCCAAGGUGUCUGGCGACAAGCGGCAGGACGGCGAUGGGCACGAGGUUCAGAAAGCCAGCGACGACGAGGGAGCUGCCAGCAACACCAACAACAACAACAACGCGCUGUUGGUGCCCGCCUUCGCUCGAGACGAGACGCUGUCCACCACCAACACUGGCGGCGGCGGUGGCGGCCGCGGUCCGGAUUCAUCCGUGCGGGCCCACGGAGGCGCCGUCGCGAUUCCGAUCGACAGCGACCACGCGGCGAGCUCCGAUCCGAAUCCCCCGUGGCCUCGCGCGUUUGUCUAGGAGGCGACGGCCGGCAGGAGCCUGCAGGACGAAAAAACAUUUUCGAGGAAGAAAAUGAAAUGAAGAAAGAAGUACAGUCUUUACUUUCUUAAAACUAUUUUCAAAGAUCUCUUUGCAACAAAAUGUGUACAUACAUCAUAUCUUUUCCUGGGAAACUACGCAAUUCUUUUUCAAGAUCUGAUUAAUACUCUUCAUUCAUAAUAACGGUUUUUGGGUUAGAUCACGUAAGCAUAAAUGUGUCGUAACCCUCCACCAUCUGACACAGCCAGUAAGGUUUGUCACGUAAACAACGCGCCAAUUAGUUACUACUUCAGCCCACCGGUGUGUUGGAGAGUAAAUUUACAACAUUUCCAAUUUGAGUACUUACGCGAUCUAACCCAAAAACCUUUAUUAUGAAUAAUGUUGGUCGCGAAAGCUUACGUGUUAAUACUCUUCAUACACGCACUUCCACCAGAGGGUUUUUUUAUUGAAGUUCUUUGAAAAUGUUCAUAUAGAUGUACACACACAAACAAAAUCCUACUUAAAUUAUAAUCUCAUAUAGUCUCCAAUAUGCCAUUUUAUAUCGUUGGUGUCAAUUUCUCUUUUAUACGCUUUAUUCGCUUCAGUGAUCUGCUACUAAAUGAAUCAGUGUGCAAGCGAUGAAUGCAACAAUGCAUCUCCGUGAGCGAGGGAGUAUAUAUUGUCCAAUGAGUUUAUUGAAACUUUAUAUGAGUUUUCAAAAACUCAGACCAGGUGGCUUAUGGGUAGAGCGAGUGGCUUGCAAGCAAGUUCAAUUCCUGGUUUGGGGGGAGUUGAUUCGGCCCAUCAUAAAGUUAGUGCCAUGUUGUGUGGGAAAUCGUCAGUGGUAAUCAUAUGAAUGGACUCGGCCCCUGCCAUGGGAAUGCAGAGUUUCCACUGCUGGCUCAGAGCUCUAAGACAGGACAUGAUAACUCAUUAAAUAAAUAAAUGACUUUGACUUCGUUUUGAUUGAUAAGAGUUGUGUUCCUGAAACAGCCAAUGUUUGGUUAUUAACAGCAGCCAGUGUUUGUAGUUAACGUUUUAGUUCAUGUUUUAGAGAUGUUUCUUUCCCUUUAUGCAACUUUGUCGUGAAUAUUAAACAUCCCAAAAAAGAUAAUUUGGGGACUGGUGCAUUUCUAUAACUUAAUUGCCAAACAUUGGCAACUGAAAGCAGAAUCAGAAUAUGUAUUUAUACUGCAGGAACGCGAUGAGCUAUAACGCUCUUUUUACAGAUGCCCAGUAGACAUCCGUGAAAAAAGCAAUCGAGGUUUCCAUGAAAAUGUUUAUCGCAGCGAAAUUAUUCACUGUGACAUUCACGUGCGUGUGCUCUUUGCAAUUAUUCUGAAUUCCACGGUCAUACUUUGGCUAACUUGUUUAUAAUACAAUGUCUGCAUGAAAUAAAGCAUUUCAACAACUUUG